AUGGCGGAACACACCAUUAGCAAACCACUGUUGAAACUAAAGCUAUUGGAGUCACUUCGCCAAGGCGAUUUCGCAUCAUUACAAGAAUUAUUACGAACACAAUUCACGCCAUCAGGUGAUCCAGAUGUGAAGGAAGUUAGACAAUUAAUCUUGCAUUAUGCGGUGCAAGUUGCUCCGAUACAGCUGAUUAAGGAAAUUAUCUCUCAUUGGCUUUCGGAUGAAAUUAUCAGGCUAGAUAUCAACCACCAGGACGCCGAUGGCAAUACCCCUCUUCAUCUGGCGGCAUACCAAUCUCGUGGUGAUGUCGUGAGCUUACUCCUUGAUCAGCCUGGUGUGAACGAUUGUAUCACUAACAAUUCAGGUUUGCAACCAAUAGAAAUGUGCAAAAACCUAAAUAUUGCCCAAAUGAUGCAAAUUAAACGCGCAGACUACGUCGCAGAAGUUGCACAGGAAUUCCGUCUGGCAUUUAACAAUAGGGACUUUGGUCAUCUCGAGACAAUCUUAAGUAAUCCCAGGAAUAAUGAAUUAUUAGACAUCAAUGGUAUGGAUCCUCAAACGGGAGACACUGUCUUGCAUGAAUUUGUUAAGAAAAAAGAUGUUUCGAUGUGUCGCUGGAUAUUAGAUCACGGAGGGGACCCAUUUAAAAGAGAUCGUAAGGGAAGAUUGCCAAUUGAUCUGUUAGGCAAGGUUGCCUCCACUGAACCCACAAAUGCAAAUUCUUCGCCGGAGCUAGAACUCAAGCGUAUCUUGGAAAGAGCUGCGAGAGAACAAAGUGUUAUCGAUGUUGCCAAUAAUCUGCAUGAGCCUCCUACAUAUAAGGGCUAUCUGCGAAAGUGGACCAAUUUUGCUCAAGGAUAUAGGUUGCGUUGGUUCGUACUAGGUCCAGACGGUAUGCUCUCGUAUUACAAGGACCAAGAUGAUACUUCUAAUGCUUGCAGAGGAUCUCUAAACAUGUCAACUUGCUAUCUGCAUCUGGACUCUUCGGAAAAACUUAAGUUCGAAAUAAUUGGCGGUAGUGACGGGACGAUUCGCUGGCAUCUAAAGGGCAACCAUCCGAUAGAGACGAACAGAUGGGUUUGGGCCAUUCAAGGAGCAAUAAGGUUUGCAAAAGACCGAGAAAUAAUGAUGAAAAAUAACGGAAAUUUAAAUGCACACAAUCAGUUAACCUCGACUAUGUCUGUAACCAAGAAUAAUAAUAUUAAAAGUAGGUUAACGGGUCCUAGCAUGCACAGUCUUUACUCAUUUGAAAAUCGGAGGCAGAAACACCAUAAUCAUCAUCAGCAACCUUCAAUAAGCUCGAUGUCUUCUAUGUCAUCUAGCGAGCUCGAAUUGAAUGAUCACUUAACUGAAAGCGGCAGAAAGUAUGUUCAUAAGGUGAAGACAAGUAGAGCUCCAUCGAUUAAUACUUCUUUGGGUACAUCCGGGGAAGGUAGAGGUGAGGGCUCUGCUUCUUCGAAGUCUAACAGUUUGCCAAACGACGCUAAUGACGAUGAAGCCAGUGAUGAUGAAUAUGACUCAAACGGUGAUUUGGCUAAGCCUGGCUAUGAGGAAGACUUGAAGGUGGAGUAUGGUCCCCAUCAUCAAGAACUGGCAAUUCUUCAAAGGUCGAUCUCAAUCGAGCUCACUUCUUUAACAGAACUUUUGGAAGAUAAUCAUAUUGACGGUCAAGCACUUGAAACAAUCAAAAAGUCGUUGGCUUCUCUUUCUAAAAGUUUUAGCCGUUUGAAUACAUUAACUUCUACAAGAGAUAAAAAGUUGGUCAGAAUGCUUGCUAAACAGCGUGAUGUUAACAAUUUAUGGAUUAAGUCAGUUAAAGACUUGGAGCUGGAAUUAAUAGAGAAAACAGAACGAUUGUCAUCGCUCGAUGUUGAAAGAAAGAAUCUGAAGAAACUUUUACAAAGAAAGCUUCUCGAAGUUUCCGAAAAUAGCGCAAUCACUGAAUCUAAUAGUACUGAGCAAGACAAGAAUUCCGCCUCAAAUGAAUCGAUGACAGCCAAACCGUUGGAAGAAAUUGCUGAUUUCAUAAAUUCUAACAAGGAAUCUGAUGAAGAUUCUGACAUUGACGAAUUCUUUGAUGCGGAAGAAUCAAACAAUGAGAAUGAGUUGACGGAUGAAGGCAAAAUUCUAGAUGAUGCUAAAGAUGUCAAUCCUGUUCUGAGCAACAUUGGGCCCACGAAUCCAAAGAUCUCAGUAUCUUCACCCGAGGAUGUUGAAAAUGAGUCCAAGAGACCUGAUGAAGUUCAGCAAGCUUUAGAAAUGACAAAGGAUGUGGACAGACUGUCACAUGAAACGUGUCUUGAAAAUGGAGGCGAUAAUAAACAGGAAGAUAAGGCCCUUCCUGUGAAACAAGGGCUGCCUGAAGAGAAUGAGCACGCCGCUCUUACUACUUUACAGAAAGAAAAAAGCAAUGUAAUUAAUUCGGAAGGUUCUUAUCUUGGAUACGAAGAUGGCUUGAGGCCACGACUAAAAUUGGGUAAGGAUGACCGCCCCAAGGUUAGUUUAUGGUCUGUUCUCAAGUCGAUGAUUGGUAGAGACAUGACUCGAAUGACUUUACCAGUAACUUUUAAUGAGCCUACCUCUUUACUGCAAAGAGUUGCGGAAGAUUUGGAAUACUCUGACCUCUUAGACGAAGCUGCCAGUUUUGAGGACUCAACCCUUAGAAUGCUGUAUGUCGCCAUCUUUUCAGCUUCAUCAUAUGCAUCUACCACUAAGAGAGUUGCUAAGCCUUUUAACCCCUUGCUAGGAGAAACUUACGAGUAUGCGAGACGUGAUAAGCAUUACCGUUUCUUCACUGAGCAAGUUUCUCACCAUCCACCAAUCUCGGCAACGUGGACAGAAUCUCCCAGAUGGGAUUUUUGGGGUGAAUCACACGUCGAUUCAGAUUUCAAUGGGAGAACGUUUGAAUUCAAACAUCUUGGUUUGUGGUAUUUACAGAUGAGACCUGACUCUGAGGAAUCAGACGAGCUAUAUACCUGGAAGAAGCCUAAUAAUACUGUUGUUGGUAUUUUACUUGGUAACCCCCAAGUCGAUAAUUAUGGUGAUGUCGAGAUUACCAAUCACACUACGGGUGACAAAUGUAUGAUACAUUUCAAAGCCCGUGGGUGGAGGGCCUCUAGUGCGUACGAGGUCAAGGGAGAAGUUUACAACAGCAAAGGUGGAAAGGAGUGGAUUUUUGGGGGGCACUGGAACGAAGCAAUCUAUGCUAAGAAGGUUUUAAAGCCAAAUUCGUCGGAGGAGAUGCAGCUUGAGAAAACCAAAACGCGAACCUCUUCUAAAGCUGUGAAAGGUCCCAAUCUUGAUGGAACCAAGUUUCUUGUUUGGCACGCCAAUCCUAGACCGGAUUCACCUUUCAAUUUGACUAGUUUUGCAAUUACAUUAAAUGCACCUCAGCCUCAUCUUCUCGACUGGAUUGCACGCACUGAUACACGUUUGAGACCAGAUCAAAGAGCCAUGGAAGAAGGAAGGUAUGAUGAAGCAGCAGAAGAAAAGCACCGUGUCGAGCAGAAACAAAGAAAAGCUCGUAAAGAAAGGGAAAUUUCUAAAGAGCAGUAUAACCCAAAGUGGUUUGUGAAAGAAGUUCACCCUGUAACAAAAGAGAAAUACUGGAAGUAUAAUGGCAGAUAUUGGAAACAAAGAAAGACCCAUAACCUCCAAGAUUGCCCCGAUAUCUUCUAA